AUGGGUCUUUACAUAAAUAAAUCAAAUGUAAAUUCUGAUAGUAAAGAUGGUGAUGAUGAUGAUAGAAAUAGUGAUACAAGCGAUGAAUUAACAUUUGAAGUUCAACGAUGUGUUGUUCAUAUUGAUACCGGACAUAUUAAAUUGCCUGAUGAUAUGCCAUGUUUUCCAAAUCGAACUUGUUUUAUAAAUGAAUUAAAUAAUAUUUUAUUACGAUUUAAUAAUUAUAUUCAUAAUUGGACACAUAUUGAUGGUGAAAAUUUAUUAAAAGAAUCAAAUUAUGAACCAAGUCAAGCAUUAGCAAGACUUGCAGCAAUAGCUAAACGUGCUGGAAUUGUUAUUAAUAAUAAUGAUGAUGAAAAUAGUAAUAGUAGACUAUCAUGUUUAUUUAAUGAAUCUGAAUUACGUCGAAUAUCAGCGAAUAAUUGUUUACGUGCAUCAUUUAUAAAUCGUUUUGCCCAAUUAUUUAGUCAAAUGGAUGCAUUUAUAUGUUAUCCACCAGUGGACAAAUAUUCUAAUGUUGAUCAAUGGUUAGCACAACGAAGUACAACAAAAAAUUUUGAUCGAACUAUUAAAAUUGCAUCAAAAUUUAAUGAAGAUAAUCAUCUUUUUGCUUUAACUAAUAAACAUUUACAAUAUUUUUCUGAUCAUAUUCGUUUAUAUCGUGAUUGUCGUGAUUUAACUUAUCAAUAUUGUUCAUUAAUUGUAAUGAAUGCACCAUUAGUUCGUCCACUUGAUAAUUCAUUUUCUACAUCGAAUAAUUCUUAUUUAUUUGAAAAUCUUAAGGGAAUUGCUUCUAAUGAACAUCCACAAACUGUUGUUCUUCUUGAAAAUAAUGUUGUUUUUCAACAAUUACUUAAAGAAUGUACUACUAAAACAAAACGAAUGGUUAUUGAAAAAAUGGAAGAUAUUAUUGAAGAUUCAUCAUCAAUGGUUAAUUUAGAAGAAAAUGUUUUAAUAGCAGGUUUUGGUGAUUUACUUGAACGUACUUGGUCUUAUGGUCUUCAUCAUAAAUCAAAUGGAAAAUCUGCUUUAUGA